AUGCAGCAGACAUACUACACAAUUCCCUCCAUGCGCCCGAAGGAUAUCGCAGAGUUUCUCUCGGAGAACGGCUUUAACAUUUUGGUGACGGACAUCACAAACCCGAACCCUGCAUAUAUUUGCAGGCUUUAUGAAGGGAUUUUAAACGUCUUUUUGGAGAAAAAGAUCCCAGAAGCGGACGAGUCUGUCUCUAUGAUUUUAAUCUACUUCCACAUGAAAACAUUUGUUGAAAAAAUUAAGGCCGCGCUCUUUACAAUGCACGACAUCAUCUCCCCAGAGGCGGGAAAAACGGUGAAAAUACUCAGCGCAGUCGUAAACUAUGCGCUCUUCAAGGAGAACAAGAGACACGUGCUAAACCGCAUUGUUCGGCGGCGGGAGGAGAUAGAAGGCACGAUCGAAGAAACAAAAAAAAAUAUUUUCAGAAACAGGGAGAUUCUCCUCCAAAAGAGGAAGGAGAAAAAAGAGAGUGCAGCAAAAAAAAACUUUUUAUUGGAGCACAUUUCCCAGAAGGAGCAGGAGAUUGUAAAUUACCACCGAGUCCAGCAGUCCCUGACGAAAGAGAUAGAAAAGGCAGGAAACGACCAGAAGCAGAUCAGCGCUGCAAUUUCCCACGAGAAGACGGAGAUUCUUGCCCUGCAGCAGGAAAUCACGAGACUAACAGCAAAGAUUGUGAAGAAUCCGGAGCAGCUGAAAGAGCUGCUAAUUGCCAUGAAAAACCAGAUGCAGGAUGAAAAUGAGAUUCUGCGGGAGUAUGAAGUCAGGUUUAGGCUUUUGCAGGAGAACUUGAGCAGGUUUAACCGCGUGACCGAGGAGAUUAAAAAUUUUACAGCGGUCGUUUCCUUACUGGGGAAAUACAGCGAGGAUUGUGCAAACAAGGAAAUUUCUCUGGAAAAACUAAAAAAUGAAAAUUCUAUUUUAGAGACGAAAAACAAGUCAAAAUUCUCCAGGAAGAUCUUGCUCGAGAAGAAGAUCGAGUACAUCGUGGAGAAAAUGAGCAGGCUCACGGAGGAAGACGCUGCUCGAAUUGAAGGCCUGAAAACGGAGUUUGCCGCGCUAAGGGAGAGACACUCUCAGGUUUUGGCAGGGAGAGAGAACUCGGACCGGCUCAUCCAGAAAAACCACGGGGAAGCGAAGGAGCUGGAAAAAGAGAUAAUUCGCCUGGAAAGCGAGCACCAGUCGCGGGUUUCGGGGGUUUAUAACGAGCUUUUACAGGAAAAAAGCUUUUUAGAGGGAUACGGGGAAGACCUCCAGAAGAUUUUCAAGGGAGAAUAUUUUGCAUAA